CUCCAUGUAGUCUUGCAAGUUGAAAGUGGACCAUCUACGACAAGAGUUGUCAGCAUUUCUCGCAAGCUGUCGACAUGUCGACCGAGACUCAAUUUCUUGAUAAAUGGUGGCAAGGUAUUGGGUUAUGGUAUAACGCACAGGCCUACGAGAAAGCUAUGACUUGUUGGGAAGAUGCAUCCAGAGAAAAUGUCUGCGAUGACAAAAUUUCCAACCUUCUCGUUUUCUUGGCGGGGUGCUACUUGGACGCGAGAAAUUUCGUUAAGGCAAGAGAGUGCUGCUUGAGGGCCCUGGAAAAUCGAUGGGAUCGCCCUACCGCUUUCCUAGCUACAGGGGAGUAUAUUGCAUCGUACGAGGAAGACGAUACCGAGCACGAACCGUGGAAGGAAGCGCUUCGGAUAGUAAAGAAAGCCAUAAAAAAAGGCUCAAAUAUGUGGGUAAACCCCUACCAAAGACCAGGAUUCCUUUAUCGUCCAAUAGCACCAAAACAAAAACACAUUUACGAAGAGGUUGAGCAACCGAGUUGGUGUCGGUCAUUGGAGACUAAUUCCAAUCAAAUCUUGAAUGACUUUAAGGACUUGUAUAAGCAUGGAAAGAGCUUGGCCGAGUGUCCAACGCAUUGGCCGGCUGUUGGUUCUGGUUCACAUCGAGAUGGCGCUGGUCAACAUGACGGGUCUGUCCUGGUUGGGGAUUGGCGCGAAAUAGUUUUGUUUGGUUCUGGCGGACAGCCACACCUUGCCCCGUUUACGACUCGCCUCCUCCAACAAUACGCCCCUGACGCCAUCGACCUGGCAAAUGCUGGUGGGGGCGAGAUAAUUUUCAGCGUAUUGGGUCCGAAGGCCCGAAUCCAACCCCACUGCGCGGGGCACAAUUUGAGACUGACAGCCCAUUUGGGUCUCGUAAUCCCUUCUCGGAACGACCGCUGUCAAAUUCGCAUCGCUGAUGAUUGGCGUGAUUGGGAGGAAGGAAAAGUAUUGGUGUUUGACGAUUCAUUUGAGCAUGAGGUACGGAAUGACAGCAACCAAAUUCGAGCGGUACUUUUGCUUAGGUUUUGGCAUCCGUCGUUACUGACUUCAGAACGGCACUCCGCACUGGAAAGCGUUAUGAAAGCAAAGCAAGAGGACGGCCUUCGGCGUUGCUGUCCACCACUACCGGUUCCCAAUUGUUGGGUAGAAGAUAGAGGUAUGGAGCGUACAAACUGUGAAAAAUGUACGAGGACAGGGCACCAAUCCAUACGGAUUCAAAAGCCAUCUGAAUUUCUCUGUGUGUGUGGGUUGUCGAUAAAUCAAUGACAGUUGUGCUUGAUACGUUAAAAAUUUAAUUUCCCAUGAAGUAGAA